AAAUGGUAUGCCUCGGAUUCUUGCAGUUUCAAGAUAAAAUCCGCACUGAAGAAAACAGUAAUAAGACAGAGCAAUUGUAGACUGAUUGCCCAGCCACUUCUCGAAACCCGAACAGCACCACUAGCACUUGCUGGUCUAUUUUAAACCUUUACACCAGUGAGCAUGCUAUUGCCCUCACUCACAGGCAGCAACUAGCACAUAACACAAGACAGACUUGCCAGCAAACAAAAACACAGUCUGUGAAGAGUAGCAUAGGAUAUCAAAGCUGACGUCAUCUCAGUUCAAUAUCAUCUGAACCCUGGCGCUGGAUAGCCUCAGGACACCUCCGGUCACAUAUUGUAUGCUGACAACAGUGGCACAGACAUCCAGAGUCCAUGGAUGAUCCAGAGCUGGACUCUGCUCAGGCAGAGCAUGGCUCGCUUCUGCUCAGGCAGCUGGAGAGGAUGCGAGCAGCCGAGGAGCUCACUGAUGUGGUGCUGCUCGCAGAGGGGAUUCCCUUUGCUUGCCACAAGGUUGUGCUGUCUGCCUUCAGCCCAUACUUCCAGGCCAUGUUUACGUGUGGUCUGAAGGAGACACGGGGAGGAGAGGUACCUCUUAGAGACACACCUGCCAAAAGCCUGGAGCUGCUACUGGACUACAUGUACCGAGCUGAACUGCCCCUUUCCAACGACAACAUCCAGGGUGUGGCUGCUGCAGCCUUCCUGCUCCAUGUAGACGGAGCCUUCAGGUUGUGUCAGAGCCACAUGGAGGCCCGGAUGGACCCCUCCAACUGUGUCGGUCUUUACCACUGGGCCAGAGACCUGGGGGCCACUGGUCUGGCCGACUGUGCCUUGAGAUACCUUUGCCAACACUUUGCACAGGUUUGUGAGGAAGAAGAAGUGCUGGAGCUGGAUGCCCAAAGUCUUGGGGAUCUGCUGGGUUCAGAUGACCUCAACAUAUCACAGGAGGAGGUUGUGCUGGAGCUGGUGCUGCGUUGGGUGGAGAGGCGAAGGGGGGACUCGCAGAGUGAAGCCCAGGCUGUGGAUUUACUCAGGCGUGUCCGGCUAGAACUUGUGGACCCUGGAUUCCUCCGUAAAGCCAGGAGGAGAAACCCGGUGUUGCUGAGGGAUGCUGAGUGCUUUGGGAUGAUUGACGCUGCUCUACAGACCUCAGGUCUCUGUGAGACGUCAGCUCCACCUCGGCCGGCACUCCGUUACGGCAUGGAGACCACUGACCUGCUGCUCUGCUUGGGUGGGGUGGAUGAAGAGGGGGUGCCUGCCCGCCGUGGAGGACAUGCUGACCUCAGUUUUUGCUUUGCCCCCAGUGUUAGAAGGACUUACUACAUCCCUUCUCCACUGAGGGGCUGUGGAGGCAGGGGGCAGAUCACAGCUGGGGCAGUGACUCGAGACAACAACAUAGUGGUGGCCAUAGAGACAGAAGACCAACACAGGAAGAAGAAGCUGGAUGUCUACAGAUACGAUAAUUCGGAGGAGAACAGCUGGGUGGAGCUGUGCUCGACAGCACACAGGGACAUGUACGCUUUAGGGCUGCUAGGUGAUUCCCUGUAUAUGACAGGAGGUCAGAUAAAAGUGCGUAAUCACUAUAUCAUCACAGACAGCGUGGAGAGAUGGUCGCUGAAGAGAGGAGGCAGUUGGCUGAGCUUCGCCUCUCUGCCUCUACCCUUAGCCUGCCACUGCACCAUCAGCCUGAAGGAGCAUCUCUAUGUGCUGGGGGGCUGGACACCACAGCAUCAGCCAGAUGAUGAGCCUGACAAGCUGAGUAACCGUGUGUUUCAGUAUGACCCCGGCAAGGACAGGUGGACUGAGUGUGCCAGGAUGAAGUACUCCAGGUACCGCUGCGGUACGGCUGUACUCAAUGGAGAAAUCUACGUAUUAGGUGGUAUAGGAUGUGAUGGAGAGGACCGUGGGCAAUCACGACGUUGUCUGAGCUCUGUGGAGAUCUAUAACCCGGAUACAGACACCUGGAGGGCAGGGCCGACUCUGCCCACUUCUCUACUUGCCCUCCGAACCAAUGCCUCCAAUGUAGGAGCGCUGGAGGGCAAACUCUACCUCUGUGGAUACUACAAGGGGGCCGGCCGUCAUGAGAUCAUCACCAAGGAGAUUUUGGAGCUGGACCCUGCGGACAAUGUGUGGACGGUGGUGGAAAGACGAGCAGCCGUGCAUGACAGUUAUGACGUCUGUCUGGUGGCUAACCUCAAUCCUCGAGACCUCUUCACACCCUAAUUCAUCUCCUCCUGACUCUGAGCAACAACGCAUGGAGACAGGGUGUGUGGGAAAUGAGCUGUCCUCUUAAUCUCGUACAGCUUUAUCAAAAGUGGGCUUGAUAUCUGGUAUCACAUGUAUCAACAGCAGGGUCAAUAUACAUGUGAAGUUAGGGUGUUGGUUGAGGAUUUCCCAAAAAAGACAAUGGUGUUCUUUUAAAGAGUAAGUUUGGUAUUUUAGACCCUAUUUUCCUAUGCUUUGUGUCAAAGUAUUGAGUGACUGCUGCAGCCGGAGGCAGCAAAACAGGCUGCAGUGUAACCCACUCCGUGCAUGUUCGCACCAUCAAUUGACAUAAUCUAAAAGUGCUUCUUUUUGCCCUGACAGGCUCAGAUUGUUCUUAUAAAUUCAUUCAUUCAUUCAUCUUCUAACCGCUUCAUCCUCUUGAGGGUCGCGGGGGGGCUGGAGCCUAUCCCAGCUGACGUCGGGCGAGAGGCAGGGUACACCCUGGACUGACAGGGGGGCAGGGCUGACACAUAGAGACAAACAACCAUUCACGCUCACAUUCACACCUAUGGACAAUUUAGAGUUAUCAAUUAACCUAGUCCCCAAUCUGCAUGUCUUUGGACGGUGGGGGGAAGCCGGAGUGCCCGGAGAGAACCCACGCUGACACGGGGAGGACAUGCAAACUCCGCACAGAAGGGCUCCCACGCCCGGGAUCGAACCGGCAACCCUCUUGCUGUGAGGCGAGAGUGCUAACCACCACACCACCGUGCUGCCCUUGUUCUUAUAAAUGUCUGACAGUUUUUGAAAAGGAUCCCCACAGAGACAGACCUUUUUCUCUAAGAGUAAGAGUCUUUUUGUUUAACCAGAAACAGCCCUGAAAGUGCAGUAGCCAAACCCACCAGACUCCAUUUAAAAAAACAUAAUUUUAUUAUUGUUAAACACACUUCAGUGAAAGUCGACGAAAACUAAAUUAAACUCACAAAAGCCGUCUUGGUUCGUCUUUCUGCUUUUCCAACAAUCACCAACUCUGGUUUGGUUGAUAUACACCCCUACUUCAACCAGUUAGAUGUAAAAUUAUGCUGGCUCUAUACAUGCUAAAAUUACUGUUUAUUUAAAUGGAGUCUGGUGUUAAUGGCAAUGGUGAUUUCAGGGCUUUUUCUGGUUAAACAAAGAGGACCCUACUCAUUCACAAAAUGCCUGUCUCUGUAGGGAUGCUUUCCAUAAAUUGUGAGACACACAGAACAACAAUCUGAGCCUGUCAUCGGCAAAAACAAGAACUUAUAGUGAACAUAAAUUGACGAUGCGAACAUGCCCCGAGUGGUUACACUGCAGCCUGUUUUGCCGCUGCCAUCUGCAGCAGUCUCACUCAAUGCUGGACCAUUUUCAGAAAUUGUUGUUCCCAUAUGUAACAAAUGGGAACAAAAAUGCAGAUCUUACCUUUCAUUCUAAAAACUAUUCAUAUAAAAAGCUCAGCACAGUUUAGGUAAUUUAAACUAUCUGGGUAAGAGUAGAAAAAGAUUGUGGUCACUGUCACCGCUGGCUUUUCACAGGAGGCAGGAUGCAAACUUCCUCCACCUUUGCUUCUGACAGACAACUGUCCUGGAUCAUGUGACCACAAGAGGUUGAUUGUCACGUAACCUUUUUGGUGUUUUAAAGGAAUAGUUUGCCAAUUUGGGAAAUGUGCUUGUUGAGAGGUAGAUCGACCUUCCAUUCUAAUUCUGAGCAAGGAUGCGAAUGAGUAUAUUCCCAAAAAUGUAAUUAUUUCUUUAGCAUUUGAGCAAAUUACAGAUACUGUCAUUUUUUUCUGGUCCAACAUUUGAGGUGAGGAAUUUCAAAUUAGCUUGCUUUGUCCUUUAAAAUCUCAGUGUGUAGGAUUUUGGGGGAUAUUUUGGCAGGAACGGUAUAUAAUAUAAUAAGUAUGAUUUUUUUUUUACUUUUUGACUGUACUGCCAUCUGAAGGAAUGAUAGAAUAGGAUAGAGAUCUCUAUUGUUCACUCACAUGGAGAUUUGUCUUUGAAGAUGGAGAGUAUCUUUCUUUUUAAAACAUGUAAGUGACUCCCACAUUCAAAAGCACCCAAGUUCUGUUGCAAAAUAAUUGUAGUAAAUUGAACAGGAAUCACUUUUUAUCCUUAUAAAAGCUUAUGACUGAUAAAGCACAAAUAAGUGGUUGAUUGAGUGUUACACUGACAUUUUAGGCAUAAUAAAUAAUAAACCCAAGUAAUUCUUGUUGUAUAGUGGUCCUGUAAUUCAUGGAUGUGUUACUGAGGUCCAGAGGCCAAAAGUGUCAGCACCCCUCCAUGCAUAUUACACUCACAUUAAUGCAACCGACCACAAAGAAACUCAAAAGCAAGGUUUCAUCCAAGCACUUUCAGUGUGGUAACCAAAAGUAAUCCUUCAGACAUGGUACCUAGACCCCAGUGUUUCCACUGCAAACAGUACUCUUAAAUGUGGGCGAGGUUGUUGUCACUCACUGCUCCAUCCAGCACUCACUGUAUUUCCUCCAUUAUCAGUCUGCACCUCGUUUAUCGUUCACAGAUUGAGGCUGCACACCAUCAUUUCAGAGCAAAAUAAAACAGGCUGCAGUGAGAGUCUCUCUCCAUGUGAUGUUUAAAAAUAGCAGGUUUGUGCAUUUAGUUAGCCAAGUGAGGAUUAGAAUAUAAUCGGGUCGAAAUUAAUAUAUAAUUUUAAACUCUUGAAGAUCCACUCAUUACUGAAAGUGUAUGUCAUAUAAAAACAAGUAAUGUUCAAAGUUUUCACAGUGACAUUUAAGGUGUGCUGAUGGAUUCAUGUCGUCAAUUCAUACACUGAGUAACAUUACAAGUAAAUGUUCCACCUUAAAAGUUGCUGGCAGUCGGCCCAGUGAAUUAAGUUAUUUUUUUCUCCGACUCCAGCUGCUGCAAGAGGCAGCAAACCAUCCUUUCAUUUUAUAGUUACGGUUUACAAAUAAAAUUCUCCACGGUAUGAACAGUGGUUACAUGAGCCUCAAAACCAGCCUCAACUCAGCCCUGAGCAGAGUGACCGUCCUCUACCGACCAAUCUACAUACUGCAGUGUUCACAGCUCCACCUUUUAGUAUCAGAUCUGUGUGCUAGGUACCCCAACAGAGGGGGGACCAAAAUGGGGACAGUAUGGAAGGGAUCCAUUGGUACCAUCCACAACUUUUCACAGUGGAAACAGAAAGCGUACUGAACUGAACUGUACCGUACUGCUCGGUGGAAACGGGGACAAACUGACCACAAAGAGACGCAAAGGAAAUACAAAGAGACAAAAAUAAAAGGGCAAAGCAACCAGGAGGAGAAACAAAAUGAGCACAAAGUCUGUGUCUUGUUCCUGUGUAGGAGAAGUGGUGGGGCCUUUUGCACAUCUGUGCCCAGGGGCCCACACUCUCAUAAUCCGCCCAUGCUGUAAUCCCAUAAUCACUUUUUGCAUGGUCUUUAUAAACUGAUAUCGGUUAAGUUGCCUCUCCAUAGAUCAUAACCCUUUCAUGUGUCUUUAUUAUGUGGGUUUUAAAUAAAACAGAUGACUUAAAUCGUG